CGGCCCGAUGGCUCUCAUCUCGCGCCACGGCUCUCCUAAACAGGAACUUCUCAAGACAACACAACACAGGAGAGAAAAGAAAAGCACAGCGUGGUUAGCGCAGCAAGCAACCCGUCAACAUGAAAGUCCUCGCCACAUCAGUAUUCUUGGGAGUCCUCUCCAUCGCCUAUGGCGGCUUCCUGCACGGUGGCGGUGGUGCCGUCCUUCACGGCGGCGUCGGUGGCGCCCUUCAUGGUGGCGUCGGCGGCGUAGCCGUCCACCACGCCGCUCCCGCUGCCACCUUCGUCCAACACGCGGCCCCAGCCGUCGCCGUGAGCCGCCCUGCCUACAGCUUCGCCGCCGCCCCGGCCGCCGCUGUGGUGCACCACGCUCCGGCGUACGCCGCCCCAGCCGCCACCUUCGCUAGGCCCGCGGGUCUCGGCUUCGGCUUCGCCCAGCGCUUCGUCGCCUCGGCCCCGGCCUACGCCGCCGCACCGGCCGUCAGCUACGUCCAGCACGCCGCCCCAGCAGUUGCUGUCGCCCGCCCGGCCGUCAGCUAUGUCCAGCACGCCGCCCCAGCAGUCGCUGUUAGCCGUCCUGCUGUGAGCUUUGCCGCUCCAGUGGCCAGCUACGGUGCCGGCUAUGGUUUCGGCUACGGUGCAGGCUAUGGUGCCGGUCUUGGCUUCGGUCACACCUACGCUGCGGCCCCAGCUGUUGCCGUCAGCCGUCCUGCCGUCAGCUUCGCUGCUCCAGCCGUGGCCGCCGCUCCAGCUGCCGUCGCUGUCCACCACGCUCCCGCCGUAGCCUACCGCUCUGCUGCCGUAGCCGCUCCAGUUGCCACCUAUGGUGCCGGUCUCGGAUUUGGCCACACUCUCGCAGCUCCAGCAUUCUCUGCUGUCCGCCGUGUCUCUUACUCCGCUCCUGCCUUUGCCGCGGCUCCAGCAUUCGCUGCCGCUCCAGCAGCCGUUGCUGUUCACCACGCUGCUCCAGCCGUCGCAGUCGCCCGCCCUGCCGUGAGCUUUGCCGCUCCAGCUGUCGCUGCCGCUCCAGCUGCCGUCGCCGUCCACCACGCUCCGGCCGUCGCCUACCGCACAGCUGCCGUCGCCGCUCCGGUCGCCACCUUCGGUGCCGGUCUUGGCUUCGGACACUCCUAUGGCGCCGGUCUUGGCUACGGCCACGCCUUCGCUGCCCCGGCCUUCUCCCGCCAGGUCUCCUUCUCUGCUCCGGCCGUCGCCGCCGCCCCGGCUGCAGUAGCAGUCCACCACGCUGCUCCAGCAGUCGCCGUGCACCACGCUCCGGCCGUCGCCUACCGCGCAGCUGCCGUUGCCGCUCCAGUCGCCACCUUCGGUGCCGGUCUUGGCUUCGGCCACUCCUAUGGCGCCGGUCUUGGUUACGGCCACGCCUUCGCUGCCCCGGCCUUCUCCCGCCAGGUCUCCUUCUCUGCUCCGGCCGUCGCUGCCGCCCCGGCUGCAGUAGCAGUCCACCACGCUGCUCCAGCAGUCGCCGUGCACCACGCUCCGGCCGUCGCCUACCGCGCAGCUGCCGUCGCCGCUCCAGUCGCCACCUUCGGUGCCGGUCUUGGCUUCGGCCACUCCUACGGCGCCGGUCUUGGCUACGGCCACGCCUUCGCCGCCCCGGCCUUCUCCCGCCAGGUCUCCUUCUCUGCUCCGGCCGUCGCCGCAGCCCCAGCUGCAGUAGCAGUCCACCACGCUGCUCCAGCGGUCGCCGUUCACCAUGCCGCUCCAGCCGCCGUUGCCGUCCAUGCCGCUCCGGCUGCCGUAGCAUACCGCACCGCCGCCGUUGCUGCUCCUGUCGCCACUUACGGCGCUGGUCUCGGCUUCGGCCACACCCUUGCCGCUGCUCCCGCUUUCGCGCAGAACGUUCACUACAAAACCAUUGUCAGCGGAGGCGCUGGUCUCGGCUAUGGCGCCGCUGCUCCCCACAUCAAGAUCCUGAGCCACGUGAAGAAAUAAGCUGUGACGUCCUCGUGCUCAAGGGGAUCGUCUCCAUUCCGGGCGGUCUGGGACAACGGUAGCCAUCGCUGGCCCUCUUCUCAGCAGCAGGCUUAUUUAUUGCUCACAAUAGCCACUAUGCUGCCCUUGCCCGCCGCCCGGACCAAAUGCAGACAGGGUCUGCUGGGACGCAUUGUUCACGCCCUAGAGAAAGAAAAUAAAUCAUUCUUUCGCUUGA